UGCACUGAUAUAAGUGAAGAAGAAGAGAAAAAGAAAACGAAGAAGAAGAAGAAGAAGAGAAAAAGAAAACGAAGAAGAAGACGAAUAUUCAGUGUUCUGGAUGUUCCUCUUCCCUUUGGCGCCCCCUCCUGUUUAUUUUCGCUCCGGCUUAGCUCGACUUUUAAUGCGCGUGCGUGAGUUCACUUCCGCUCCUCCUUGUUUUCCUUUUGCCUGCAACUCGUUGAACAACCGGCGAGCUGCUGUUAACACGACUCUGAUCCGACUCCUGCGGUAUGUUUGUUGUGUAAUACCUAUAGUGUGUGCAGUGUGUGCAGUGUGUGCAGUGUGUUCGGAGCAAGUGACCUGUUUCCAGUGCUGACAGCUGCCGGUGCGCCUCUUCUCCUGCGUCCUCAUGACUCGCAUCUUCGUCUACGGCACCCUGAAGAGAGGGCAGCCCAACUACCACCACAUGUUUGACGCUGCCAACGGGAAGGCCGAGUUCCUCGCCUCGGCCCUCACCGCCGAGAGGUACCCGCUCGUCAUCGCGGGCAACCUCAACAUCCCUUUCCUCCUCAACCUCCCCGGCCGGGGUCACAAAAUCCACGGGGAGAUCUACGAGGUGGACGACAAGAUGCUGAGGUUCCUGGACGACUUCGAGUCCGUCCCCACCCUGUACCAGCGGACUCUGGUCCAGGUGGAGGUGAAGGCGUGGGCGAGGCGGGCAGAGGGCGAGGAGGUGGAGGUGGCGCCGGGCAGCACCACUGAGGCUCUUAUGUACAGCACGACGUCGUAUCAGCCGGACUGGCCCUCGCUGCCCAACUACGACAGCUACGACACGCUUGGAGAUCACGGGCUGGAGUACGUGACCAGAGAAGAUCGAGACUGAAGGAGAAGAGCAUCAGCUAAACAGAGAUGUCUUUAUUUUCAUGAUCACACUAGAAACUUUAGAUUUGAAUUCCUACAAAAUGUUCUCUGUCUUUAAAAGCACACUUAAUGUAGAUUUAUCCUUUUUUUUUUUUUUAAAGGAAACUCAACAUAAAUGUAUUAAUUUUAUCGUAUAUCAUCAUCAGGGUAGCAGUUUAACAUGAUGUGUUAAUAACAGUAUAAAACUGAAGGUUUCUACUUGAAUCAUCUCAUAUUAAAUAGAUAAAACUGUUUAAA